CAAUUCAAAGAACCACGUGAUAUGUGCAACCCAAUCGCUUAUGACGUGUUGUUUAUCUGUAAACAAAUUGUUUGUUUGCUCCUUGCUACAAUAAAGGUGAACCCCAUAUUUAAUAGAUGCCAUCUUAGAAGAUGGAAUGAUCGCAGCGGGGACAAAGAAAGUGAGAACUAUUCGAGUUUACAAGAAAGAAAUAUGGAUUCUGAGGACACUAAUGCUGAGGAUGUUCCAACACAAGAUGUCACCAACAACAGUGAAAGCACCACUGAGGCGGGGAUCACAGAAGUUACACCUGAUGAAGAAACCGUAGUAGAAGAUGGUGAGGGCGAUAUAGGAAAGAGAAAAAGAACAGAGGAGGGGGAGGAGGGCACUCCACCGGAAAAAAGAAGCAAGUCGGAUGAGGAAAAUGAUGAUAUGGAAGACAAUGGAGAAGAAGUGGGAAGUGACUUGGAAGAAAAUGUGGGAAGUGACUUGGAAGAAAAUGUGGGAAAUGACUUGGAAGAAAAUGUGGGAAAUGACUUGGAAAAGAAAGUCGAUUCUGAGGAAAUUCCCAAUGAGUGUGGGGCUGGAGAGAGAGAUGAGUUGGAAGAUUCACAGGAGGCUGGGAGUCCCAAAGUAGAGAGUGUCGGAAGUCCUACUGUAGAGAGUGAUAAAACGGGGGAAAAAGAUUCUAGUGAUGAGUCAAAUGUGAAAAUGUCAGAUGAAGAAAUAACAGAAAAGUCGGAGAAAAUGGAAGAUGAUAGUGAAGAUUUGAAAACUUCAGAUAAAGACAAGGAGUCACAGGGUGAUGAUGAGAAAUGUGAUGAAAAUGACAGUGUGAAAUCUCUGGAAAGUGAGAGUUUGAAAUCAUCAAAAGACAGUGUGAAUGACAAAGGAUCUGAGGGCCCAGAGGAGUCGUCAUCGGUGAAAUCUGAGGACAGCGAGAAGGAGAAUCGACGGACAGAUGCUGACACACCUAUAGAUCUGACAACCAAGUCGGGGAUCCCAAAUGGGAAUGGGGGAAUGGAUGUCAUUAUGCUUUCGGACUCUGAGGAGGAAUUGAUGAACGGUGUUCUGAAUGGAGAUAUGACAGAUCUUGAUGAAUGUGAAAUACAUAAAAGACGUAAAAUUGUGAAACGCUUGCAAGCAGAACUAAGAAAUGAGGAAGCUAAAUUGAUAUUACUGAGAAAAAUGCGUCAAAGUCAAGUCUCCUCUCCAUCUGCUCCAGAAAAACCACAAAAACAGCCCCAUGCCCAGCCCCCACCACUAGUCAGACCAGGGCAACAGCCUUAUCAGGCGCGACCAGCACACAAUCAGCCUCCUCAGCUGAUUCGAAGCAACAAUCAGGGAACCUCGAGUAGGAGUCAUCAACAGGGACCUCCACCACUGGUGAACAUGAGGGGACAGAAUAUGUCCAAUGGUAAUAGUCUGUCACAGCAAUUACGAUUUCCGGGCAUGCAAGGACAGUCAGGUUCACGCAGCAUAUUUGGAUCAAGCUCACAGAGCAAUCAGAAUAGCAUUGCUCAAGUGGACACUCAAACACCUGCACAAAGACAAGCAGCUGCUAAAAUGGCUCUACGAAAACAGUUGGAGAAGACCUUGUUACAGAUUCCACCUCCCAAACCACCCCCACCUGAGAUGAACUUUGUACCAAGUUUGUCAAGCACUGACUUUAUAUACUUGCUUGGUUUAGAAGAAGCAGUCAAUUAUAUUAUUGAUGCUAAUCUUAUAUCUAAAGGACAGAAGAAUCCUGAUGAAAAGAUGGUGUGCAAUCCUUUCACUUGUGUCCAGUGCAACACAGACUUCACACCUGUCUGGAAGCGAGAAAAGGCUGGUUCCAAGAAUGUGAUUUGUGAACACUGUGUGACAACCAAUCAGAAGAAAGCUCUGAAACAAGAACACACAAAUCGUCUAAAGAGUGCUUUUGUAAAAGCUCUCCAACAAGAGCAAGAGAUUGAGAGAAUGCAAGCUCAGGAAAAGACCUCAGCUCCUUCCCAUAGUUCAUCUUCCCCAGCUAAUAACUCCUCCGCCGCCGCCGCCUCCUCCAAUAGCUCGAUGAACCUACCAACGAAUUCAGCCUCAUAUAAAGCAACAACAGAAGCCAUUAGACAUCACCAGAAUUUUCUACAAGCCCACCAAGCUGUCACGGCCCACCAGGCAGCACUAAGAAUGGGACAGCCUCUAGGGCUCGCCCCCUUUGGUGCCCCUGGACCAUUUCCAUACCAGAUACCCUUUGGGGGAGCGAAAGCGAGUGAUCUUAGCUCACUACAACGGAAAUACUUGUUAGAUAUGAUACCUCCAAAUCGAUGGAGCAAGUGAAUAAGAGAGAAUUUGGAUACUGUGAAGUUAAGAUCCUUGGAUUUUGUAUAAAUAUAUUGUGUAAUGAAGAUAAUUGGAUUUAGGAUAUAUAGUGAAAUUCAGACCUUUAGAAUUUUAUUGAUCUGCAGUGAAAUGUACUUAGUUUGGGAUGAUCUCGCGUGUUCUUGUUCAUAUGACAUGGAUCCAGGUUCACAUUGUGUUUUUAUAAGGUUUGAGCAUCUGUUAACUCAGUAGAAAGGAAUCGGGUUAAUUGUAAAAUUAGUGCUACAAGAUGUUUGAUAGUUUUCAAGGAUUUUUUUUUUUAUAAUUAGUGAGUACUAUAGUAGAAGAAUACAGUUGUAUGACAUAGGUAUGUAGAGAUAAGUGAUGGUAAUGUUUGUGUAUAUCAUGUGUGUUUGUUUAUUACAGUGUGUGACAUGAGUGUAGGGAUAGUCGAUUGGAUUGUGUGUGUGUGUAUUACAGUGUGUGUGACACGAGUGUAGAGAUAGUCGAUUGGAUUGUGUGUGUGUGUGUUACAGUGUGUGUGACACGAGUGUAGAGAUAGUCGAUUGGAUUGUGUGUGUGUGUGUAUUACAGUGUGUGUGACAUGAGUGUAGGGAUAGUCGAUUGGAUUGUGUGUGUGUUACAGUGUGUGUGACACGAGUGUUGAGAUAGUUGAUUGAAUUGUGUGUGUGUAUUACAGUGUGUGUGACACAAGUGUUGAGAUAGUUGAUUGAAUUGUGUGUGUGUAUUACAGUGUGUGUGACACGAGUGUAGAGAUAGUUGAUUGAAUUGUGUGUGUGUGUGUGUGUAUUACAGUGUGUGUGACAUGAGUGUAGAGAUAGUGGAUUGGAUUGUGUGUGUGUGUGUUACAGUGUGUGUGACACGAGUGUAGAGAUAGUCGAUUGGAUUGUGUGUGUGUGUAUUACAGUGUGUGAAAUGAGUAUGGAGAGAUAGUCAAUUGAAUUGUGUUUGUUUAUAACAAUGUGACACUGCCACAGGUUGAAGUCUCCUCGAGUAUUAUGUUUAUUGCAUUACAUAGUUGCCGACUAGUGUAUAAAUCCUGGUGCCAAUUAGUGCUGCAGUUUGUAAUGGUGGAUUUCCUCUGGUCAGGAAAUGUUAUGUACAAGGUCAUUUACUAGUAUAUUUCAUUGUGCAUUGUUUUUCACAACAUAUCUUUAGAUUUGAUUCGAGAGUGUCAUUUUUCUCUGCAGCGGGUAUAGAUGUGGCUCGUGUGAUAUAAUGAUUUGUCUGUGUGCAAGGUGUUAAUAUAAUGAUUUGUCAGUGUGCGAGGUUAAUAUUAUGAUUUGUCAGAGUGAGGUUAAUAUAAUGAUUUGUCUGUGUGCGAGGUGUUAAUAUAAUGAUUUGUCAGUGUGUAUGAUACAAUGUGAUGAUUUGUCAAUGUGAGUAUAGAGAGCACGAGUCGGUUGCAUCAUGUUCAGUACUUUGGAUACUGGGGCGUGACCAAGAAUGGAGUAAAUGCCAUUGUAAUAAUGCUUCUAGAAGAUGUGUGUAUUAUUAUUUAUUUGUAGUGGGAAUCUUGUAGGAUGCUUGUAGCAAUAUAUGACAUAUUUUGUCUGGAGUUUGAGAUUACAGGAAGAAUUGGGUAAAACUGCAAAUAAUAACUCUGAAGUAGUCAUUGUACUUAGCACAGAAAAUGUGGUCUUUUUUGUGGGUUUCUGCUAGAGUGGUUUAUGAAUUAACGUAUUGUUUAUUUGUAAUGAGCAGGUCGUGUUUUCAGUUGUCUGAAUGAUUUUCCUUUGAAAUAUAUUUAUAGGGAAGGGCAUCAGCACAGCUUACGAAACGUUGUGGCACAUUUUUUUUUGAUUUCGUUCUGAGUUUUUAUUUAUUUAAAAUGUACCUGAUAAUUUUGAAAAUGCUUUAACAUUCAUCUUGUGUCUAUUGCCAUGCAUAUGACCAUCAUAAAUAUGUCGUAUGUAAAUCUUUUGGAAAAUUGUUCCAUUAAACAAUAGUGAACAGAU